AUAUAAAUAAAACUAAAGAAAUUUGUGCCAUUUUCGAGUUAAUAAGGACGAAAACAUCAAUCUGGCUUCGCAACGUGUUACACUAACAAUUCACGGUGGCGACUAAGCACGUUCAGGUAACCGGUGGUACCCUGGAGUGUGAUUGGCGCAACCACAGCGCAUCUCCUCCUCAUCCCCAGGACAUGUCAGACUUGGAAGGGAGUGGAGGGGGUAGCGCAGUGACAAACGGUGGUGGUAGUGGUGACGGUACACCCGGUGAUAGUAAUAGUGUUGCGGGUGAAGUAACACCCGCAAGUACACCUGGACCUCAACAUCAACAAGUGAUCACAUCGCAAGCAUCUUUACCACCAACAAUACAAGUGCAAAGUAUACCAACAUCGGUUGGUGAGGACGGUACUUGGCGUGCAUAUUACGAGCAUCCCUUGACGGCGGCCACCACUGCCAUGCUCAAUAUUUCAGGGGGUGCUGCUGAAGAUCAAGCAGCCACCAUUUACAACAUUUAUGAAUAUUAUAAAUUACCACCGUUAACUGAUAGUAAAGAUAAAUUUGGAACAGAAUUCUGGCCGAGUAACACACAGACAAAUAGCAGUAUACUUACAUCACAACUAAAGACAGCCAAUGGUUUACAAGGGGCCGGACUUGAAUUAACUGCACAGCCUACCGCUCAACUAGCAACUGUUAGCGGGCAAUUGACAACACAAGAUCUACAAGGUUUAUUUAUCAAUCAACAAGCAACAGCUGCAUAUGCCGCUCAAUCGAUUGGCUUAGAUCAAACCAAUUUACAGAUUGUCAAACGUGAACCCGAAGAUUUGAGUCAUCAUCGUAAAUCCGAAACCGGCUCACCGAUUGUCUCGGGUGCGACAACUGUCCUAGCCACCACAUCGGACGUACAAACCGCCGGUGGUAUUAUCAUUAGCGGUAAACCGUCCCGUCAUAAGGUAUUGGUAUUAUCUCAACAAACCGGCGAUUUAGUUGUUGAUGUGAAUAGCCAUGGAGGGGCUACAAUUAUCAAAGACGAACUUCAUUUACGUGGUCUAAAUUCACCACAACACGGCUCACGAUCGAUAAAUUGUACUCCAACAUCCACACAUAGUGCUGCAUCGCUGUUAGCCGACGGUUCCACAUCAACUGGUCCAUUAGAAUUAAUCGCUGAUAAUUUAAAAUCGUCAAAUGCAAUGUACACAACACAGAUAUUUACGUCAGAGAGUGGAGGAAAUAGUGGCACACCGUCUCCAAUUCCAUACAACGAUCAUGUGCCACAGUAUACGCAAAAUAUGCCCGCGGGUGUUUAUGCUACAGCAUCAAAUGUGCGACCGGGUAGUUCGACCGCGUUCACCGUUGCCGAUCCAUAUUAUCGUGAAUAUUUUACGACUAUAACACCGGGACCUGGUACACCGGAACCAGUGUACAGUACACACGGGCGUCAUCAAUUAAGUUUCGCCGAUGGGCAAGACAGUGUUGGGGGUGGUGUUGGGACACCGGGUGGUGUUGCUAUUGCAACAUCCGUUGGUAGUGCGGCUACGGCUAGUUUUGUUGAACGUUAUGUUCGCCAAUCCAGUGCAUAUCAUACAAAAGGUGUUAUUGCUGCUGCCACCGCGGCUGGACUUACCGUCGAUUUACCAAGUCCUGAUAGUGGUAUUGGUGCCGACGCGAUUACACCACGUGAUCAAAAUACUAUUCAACAGUCAUUUGAUUAUACGGAUUUAUGUCAGGCGAAUUCUGGUCUAUUGGAUUCAUCAUGUUUGGGUGGACAACGAAAUUCAAAUGCCGGUACAUCACCAAGUGCGUGUGUCGGGAGUCGAAGUCGACCAUGGCAUGAUUUUGGACGACAAAAUGAUGCAGACAAAAUCCAAAUUACAAAAAUAUAUUCACCUGUAGGUUUUAAAUAUCACUUAGAAACGCCGAUAUCGACAUCACAGCGUCGUGAAGACGAUCGUAUAACGUAUAUCAAUAAGGGUCAAUUUUAUGGUAUCACGCUUGAGUACAUUCACGAUCCGGAUAAACCACUUAAAAGUCAAACUUGCAAGAGUAUCGUAAUGCUUAUGUUUCGAGAAGAGAAAAGUCCCGAUGAUGAAAUUAAAGCAUGGCAAUUUUGGCAUGGCCGACAACAUUCUGUUAAACAGCGGAUACUUGACGCAGAUACUAAAAAUAGUGUAGGAUUAGCUGGGUGUAUUGAAGAAGUUGCACAUAAUGCCAUUGCUGUCUACUGGAAUCCAUUGGAAAGUUCUGCAAAGAUCAAUGUUGCCGUACAAUGUCUGAGCACUGAUUUUAGCAGCCAAAAGGGUGUUAAAGGUCUGCCGUUACAUUUACAAAUCGAUACAUACGAAGAUCCACGAGAUCCAGUGGUCAGUCAUCGUGGUUAUUGCCAAAUCAAAGUAUUUUGUGAUAAGGGAGCCGAAAGAAAAACACGAGAUGAAGAACGAAGAGCUGCAAAAAGAAAAAUGACAGCAACUGGUAGAAAAAAAUUGGAUGAAUUGUAUCAUCCAGUUAGUGAACGAUCUGAAUUUUAUUCAAUGAGUGAUCUUACUAAACCACCUGUAUUAUUUACACCGGCCGAAGAUAUUGAUAAACUAACAACAAUGGAACUCCAAGGUUUUUAUAGCCACGAAACAGAUAGUUCGUUAAGCGGAGGUGGCGAAGGUUCACAACACUUAAAAGGUGGCUCACCUUUUUUAUUACAUGCCGUAUCAAAACCGCAACCAGCGGCACCUAUACUUAAAUUCCACAAUCAUUUCCCGCCCGAUGCAUCGCCCGUCGAUAAAAAGGAUCCUCAGUUAUUAGACGAUGGAAAUGUAUUCUCCCCACCACCAAAACGUGCAAAGCUUUUACAGAAUACUGGUGGAAUGACUGCUACAGGGGUACCACCAUUAAAUGAACGUGUUAUGCUUUAUGUUCGUCAAGAACCUGAAGCUGUGUACACACCCUUACAUGUGGUACCCCCGACAACUGAAGGGUUACUCAACGCCAUUGAGAAUAAGUACAAAAUUUCUGCUUCGAGCAUUAAUAAUUUAUUUCGAAAAAACAAAAAAGGGAUUACUGUGAAAAUCGAUGACGAAAUGAUUACAUAUUACUGUAACGAAGAUCUAUUUCUACUCGAAGUGAAACCUUCAAAUGUUGAUGAUCAAUUAUACGACAUCACAUUCGUAGAAUUAAUGGAUCACUAAAACACAA